UUCUUCUUCUCUGGUAAUACCUCUUUUGCCUCCUCCUCUAUCUCUCCACUGUAUCUUUUCCAUUCUUGUCCUAUCCUUCUGACGCAGUUGUAGCCAGAAAUUUCAACUCUUUCUUUCACUACUGCUACUUGGUUCCACAACACCCACCUCAUUCCUCUAUAUAGUUUUCUACUAUUGGUUCCUCUCAAGCAUGUCUCAAACUAACUGGGAAGCUGAUAAGAUUUCACUGGAUUUUGUGGGGUGUUUUGUGAUGUAGUCAAUGUAAAGUUGCAAUCUUUGUCUUUCCCUGUUCACUGGGGUGAUGUAACCUGCUAUUGAUUUCAGGUUAGAUGUUUACAUCCAUGAUUAUCUAGUCAAGAGGAAUUUGAAAACUUCUGCUCAGGCUUUUCAGGAUGAAGGCAAAGUAUCCUCGGACCCUGUUGCUAUUGAUGCUCCUGGAGGUUUUCUGUUCGAGUGGUGGUCGGUUUUCUGGGACAUAUUUAUUGCAAGGACUAAUGAGAAGCACUCAGAGGUUGCUGCGUCAUAUAUUGAGACACAAUUAAUAAAGGCAAGGGAGCAACAGCAACAACAGCAGCAGCCACAACCACCGCAGUCACAACAUCAACAACAGCAGCAGCAACAGCACAUGCAAAUGCAGCAGCUCCUGAGAGCACAGCAACAACAGCAACAGCAACAGCAACAGCAACAGCAACAACAACAACAGCAGCAACAACAGCAACAGCCACAACCACAGCAACAGCAGCCACCACCACAACAACAGCAAAGUAGGGAUAGGGCUCAUCUUUUGAAUGGUAGUGCAAAUGGGUUAGUUGGAAACUCCGGAACUGCAAAUGCACUAGCAACAAAGAUGUAUGAGGAAAGGUUAAAACUUUCCCUUCAGAGGGAUUCUUUGGAUGAUGCAGCAAUGAAGCAAAGAUUUGGUGAGAACAUGGGUCAACUCUUGGACCCAAAUCAUGCAUCAAUGUUGAAGUCAGCUGCAGCUACUGGCCAGCCUUCAGGGCAAGUUUUGCAUAAUGCUGGUGGUGGGAUGUCUCCACAAGUCCAAGCUCGUAGUCAGCAAUUACCAGGGUCUACUCUGGAUAUAAAGAGUGAGAUUAAUCCUGUGUUAAAUCCCAGAGCUGGAGGUCCUGAAGGAUCAUUGAUAGCAAUGCCUGGACCGAAUCAAGGUGGCAACAAUUUGACUUUGAAAGGGUGGCCACUCACAGGUUUGGAGCAACUACGCUCUGGUCUACUUCAGCAACAAAAACCUUUCAUGCAGGCUCCUCAGCCUUUUCAUCAACUCCAAAUGUUGACACCACAGCAUCAGCAACAGCUCAUGCUAGCGCAACAAAAUUUGGCAUCACCGUCUGCCAGCGAAGAAAGUAGAAGACUAAGAAUGCUAUUGAAUAAUAGUAGGGGUAUUGGUCUAAAUAAGGAUGGUCUUUCAAAUCCUGUUGGUGAUGUGGUAUCAAAUGUUGGAUCCCCUCUUCAAGGUGGUGGUCCUCCUUUUCCUCGUGGAGACACAGAUAUGCUAAUGAAGUUGAAACUGGCUCAGUUGCAGCAGCAACAUCAACAACAGCCAAGUACCAAUGCACAGCAGCAGCAACUUCAACAGCAUGCUCUUUCAAAUCAGCAAUCUCAGACUUCAAAUCAUAGCAUGCAUCAGCAAGAUAAAGCAGGGGGAGGUGGUGCCAGUGUCACUGUGGAUGGUAGCAUGUCAAACUCAUUUAGAGGAAAUGAUCAGGUUUCAAAAAACCAGAUCGGGAGAAAGAGAAAGCAGCCUGGAUCCUCUUCAGGUCCUGCCAAUAGUACAGGAACAGCAAAUACAACAGGGCCAUCACCAAGUUCAGCACCCUCAACUCCCUCAACUCAUACGCCUGGAGAUGUGAUAUCAAUGCCUGCCUUGCCUCAUAGUGGUAGUUCUUCAAAGCCUCCAAUGAUGUUUGGUGCUGAUGGCACUGGAACCCUUACAUCACCUUCAAACCAGUUGUGGGAUGAUAAGGAUCUUGAAUUGCAGGCUGAUGUGGAUCGCUUUGUGGAGGAUGGAUCUCUAGAUGACAAUGUCGAGUCUUUUUUAUCCCAUGAUGAUACAGACCCUAGAGAUACGGUUGGCCGUUGUAUGGAUGUAAGCAAAGGAUUCACAUUUUCUGAUGAAAAUUCUGUGCGUGCAAGCACAAGCAAAGUUGUCUGUUGCCAUUUCUCAUCUGAUGGGAAAUUACUUGCAAGUGGUGGCCAUGACAAAAAGGUUGUUUUAUGGUAUGCCGAUUCUCUAAAACAAAAAGCUACGCUUGAAGAACAUUCAUCUUUAAUCACUGAUGUCCGUUUCAGUCCAAGCAUGCCUCGUCUUGCAACAUCCUCAUUUGACAAAACUGUUAGGGUUUGGGAUGUUGACAAUCCUGGGUAUUCACUUCGCACCUUUACGGGGCAUUCUUCAACUGUUAUGUCUCUAGAUUUUCAUCCAAAUGAAGAAGACCUUAUCUGCUCUUGUGAUGGCAAUAGCGAGAUACGGUAUUGGAGCAUAAAAAAUGGUAGUUGUGCUAGAACUGCCAAGGGUUGCACCACCCAGUUGAGAUUUCAACCUCGUCUAGGGAGGUACCUUGCUGCAGCUGCAGAAAACAUUGUGUCUAUAUUUGAUGUGGAGACACAAACAUGCCGAUAUUCAUUGAAGGGACACACAAAGACAGUAAAUUGUGUGUGUUGGGACCCUUCUGGGGAGUUGCUGGCAUCUGUGAGUGAGGACUCUGUCAGGGUUUGGUCUCUUAGAUCAGGAAGUGAAGGAGAAUCUAUUCAUGAACUUAGCUGUAGUGGCAAUAAGUUUCAUGCAUGUGUUUUCCACCCAACAUACCCUUCAUUGCUGGUCAUUGGAUGUUACCAGUCAUUGGAACUCUGGAACACGUCCGAGAACAAGACAAUGACUCUGUCUGCUCAUGAUGGUCUUAUUACUGCUUUGGCUGUUUCAACUGUAAAUGGUUUGGUUGCUUCUGCCAGUCAUGACAAGUUCAUCAAACUUUGGAGAUGAGUAACUUCAGCUGCUUGUGUCUCCAAAUGACUAUAAUGGCAAUAUAAAUAGGUCUUUAUCAAUGUUGAUCACAGGUUUGUAGUUUAUUUCCCUUUUUUGCUUCUUGAUCGACCCACCUCCAUCUUUUUCCCUUUGGUGUAUUUUAUUUUAUAUGUAUCUUUAGCUACUAACCUAUGUAAUGUAACAUUCACUUCCUGUUGUCAUAUCUUCCAUUUAAAAUAUUUACUUGGAUAUUUCUGCUUUUGUAUCAUGGACUGGUUUUAAUAUUUUGUGCGUUUAUUUUUC